AUGACACAACAGCGGAGCGCCUUCAUUACAGGUGGCGCGUCCGGCCUGGGUAAAGCUAUUGCCACCUGGCUAGCUGCCAAGGGGAUCAAGGUCUUCAUUGCCGAUCGCGACGAAGCUGGAGCGAAAGCAGUGGCAGCUGAGAUUCAGGGUGCAUAUAGUGCUGUGGAUGUCACGAGCUGGGAAUCACAACUGGCAGCAUUUCAAAAGGCUGUUGACCUAUUCGGCCGGAUUGACUACGUGUAUCCUAUAGCCGGCAUUGGAGAGAACAGCUUUCUUCCUACAACAACAACGGAGGAAUUCCAGAAACCCAACUUGAGCAUUUUGGACGUCAAUGUUUCUGGUCUCCUGUAUACUGUCUCCCUCGCUGUACAACUGUUCCGGCGACAACAGCCCACUGCGUCUGGGAUUCGUGGAAAAAUCGUGGUCGCAGGAUCCGUAUGCGGCAUCUAUUGCUGCCCUUCCCUUCCCAUGUACACGACAUCAAAGCAUGCAGUCACGGGAUUGGUUCGUUCCUUGGGUAAAGCUCUGAUAUCUGAGGGAGUGACUCUGAACUCGGUCAACCCAAAUGUCAUGCGGACCAAUUUCUCCACGGAUAAAUUCUAUGAUUCUUUGGAUAGUGAGGGUUUGCUGACCCCCAUGCAAGGCUGCCUUGAUGCUUGUCAACGAUUUUUGGACGAUGAUCAACUCUCAGGUCAAAAUUUCGAGAUCGGGCCUAAUUACGACAAAGGCCAAGGGCUUAUGGACCCGCAAUUUGCGCCACUGGUUGAUGAAGCACAAAAGCGUGUGUUCGAUAAGCUGUUGGCUCGAGGCAACGCUCGGUGA